CCACCAUAAAAAAAAGAGAAACUCAUCUUUCUUGUUUUCACAGGUACCUGAUUCCAUCUCGAUCGCAAUGAAUCAACCACUUCUACAGGUUACAUUGCCCGUCCUCUCGAAUGUUCUUGGCAAUAACACAGUUGCGGGUAUUCUGGCUGUCGUGAACUUGGCUCUCAACACCAUCACUGCCACGACUGCUGUACUCAAUAAGCAUGGCAGGAACAGUUACGAAAGCUACGCGUCAUCACUCAAGAACCAAGGCUAUGAAGACUAUACUGGACAAAAUGCAUACCGUGGACAAGGGGAACAGCAUGCUCAAGGCACACCAUUCCAAUCCCUGGUUAUGAACACACUGGCUACGGCUUUCUCGUCAAUUAACACGGCGUUUGCCUCGGUAACACAUUCAGAGACGCCUUUAACGACAUACAUCCUGGUUGCGGUGUUAUCCUAUGUAGCUUUUAAAAUAACCUAUGCCGUUGUAUCAUGGGUUGUACGCUCUGUCCUCAACUUGAUCAAGCUGACGAUUAUUGUUACGAUCGUUACUUCUAUUGUUUGGUUCAUCAUUAACAUAACCUCGGCCUCUAGAGGCUCAGACUCGAAUACUGGGCGGCAGCAUCGUCAUCAGGACCCUAUCUCGCAACUACUUUAUUCGUUACAGAACAAAUUCCAAGCAGAAUUUGAGCGACAGCAGCAGUAUUUACAAGAUCCAUAUGUUUAUUAGUAUUUUUUUGUUAUAAUCUUUAUUAAAAGCAAAUCACGUUUUUUUCUGAGC